GUUUCAUUUGCAUUGAGCGACUGCCUGGUAAACUGCUUGGCGUUUAAGUGUGAUUUCAAUCGGAUUGAAUUCUUGAACUUGGAUUUUUUUUUUUAACCUUUUGUGAGAUGAAAUUAGAAUUUAAAGAUGCCUUUUGGGUGGAAGACUUCAUCAGUAAUGUUGGAUAUGACAUCAUCAGCCAGAGACUCAGUGAUGGCCGGCGGACGUGCAAAGACAUGGAAGAGCUCCUUAAAAUGAGGGCAUCAGCUGAGGAGAAAUACGGAAAGGAACUGGUAGCAAUUGCCCGCAAGGCUGGAGGUUUAUAUGAGAUCAGCACUUUAAGAACAUCUUUUGACAUAAUGAAGACACAAAUUGAAAAUGUUGGAAACUUGCACAUUCAGCUUUCUUCAUUGUUAAAGGAGGAGGUGAAGAGAAUGGAGCAGUUCAGAGAGCGGCAGAAGGAACAGAGAAAAAAGUUUGAGACCAUCAUGGAUAAGGUCCAAAAGACAAAAGUCUCCCUCUACAAGAAAACAAUAGAUUCUAAAAAGUCCUAUGAGCAGCGCUGUAAAGAGGCGGAUGAGGCAGAACAAAACGCAGAGAAGAUUGGUAAUGCUCCAACUUCCACUCCAAAACAGAUUGAGAAGACGAACAACAAAUCUAAACAGUGCAGAGAGGCUGCAGAAGAGGCUGAGAAACAAUACCAGUCAAACAUUGAGCAGCUUGACAAGAGUCGCCAAGAAUGGGAAGCAACACACGUCAGCACAUGUGAGAUGUUCCAGCAACAGGAAGAAGACCGCCUGAGUGUAGUAAGGAAUGCUUUGUGGGUGCACUGUAACCAUUUAUCAAUGCAGUGUGUCAAAGAUGACGAGUGUUACGAGGAAGUGAGGACAACUCUGGAAAAGUGUGACAUUAUCAAAGACAACAACUGCUUUGUAGAGAUGAAAAAGACCGGCUCAAUCCCUCCAGCUCCAAUUGAAUAUCAGAAUUACUAUGAGAGGAAUAAUACAGCAGACAGAAAUGGCAGUGCUGGGUUUGUAGGAGGGGUCAUGAAAAGGUUUUCAAAUCUUCUGCAGGGAAAUAUUCCCAGUGGCUCCAAAAUGAGCCUUAAUGAACCAGUUGCACAAACUAAUGAAAUGUCAGACGGAGUUUAUGCUACCAUUCCUGGAGCGCAGGUGUCCAAUCAGAAGAAAGAUGAGUACAAAGUCAUGUAUGACUAUGUAGCACAGGGGACAGAUGAGCUCUCAGUGUCUGUCGGGGAUGUUGUUGAAGUCACAGAUCAAGGGGAGGAUGGCUGGUGGACGGUGCAAAGAAACGGUCUUUCUGGAUUGGUUCCAGGUUCUUAUCUCACCCAAGAGUGAGUUCACUGGAAAGCAACUGGAAGAAGUGCGAUACUACAAAAGUCAUGUCUUCUUGUGUAAAGCCCUGUCCUCGCAAAAUAUCUUAGUGUGUUGUUUUAAAUAGUUUUUUGUUCAUAUAAGCCCCCUAUACGAUGAGAAAACUUAGAACUUUGGCGCCCUCUUUGGGAAUAAUGCAGAACCAACAUGAAUGCCUCAGAAAAGAUGUGCUUUCUUUAAACUUGUUUUCAAAUGUAAAAGGGUAUUCAUAUUUUUAAAGAAGAAACCUACAUUUCUGAUUUCUCCAACACCACCUGGAAAAUGUCUACACUUCUACAAAGACUUGUGGCAUUAAAAUGAGGGUGUUAUAAUUUUAUUCUACAGAUGGGAGCUUUAACUUACAUUAGACUGAGACAAAGUUAAAUGGUUGAAUUAUUUAUUUCUGUCAUGUGUUUGUAUUACUUUGACCUUACUGCUUGUGCAUUGACUGCUUGUCAUUCCAAUGACAGCGGGGAGAUCUGCUGCACGCGUUUGUUGCAUUCAGUUCAUUCUUACAUUUUUAUAAAUGUGGUUUUCCUUAUAUGUUGACUUCUUAAUAGUAGCUUUAGAACAAUGUUUAUUCUAUUCUCAAUGCUAUUUUUAGUGAGAAAAUUGUAUUUAUUAUUGGUUGACUUUUUUCCUCUUUAAUGCACUGUCAACAAUGUUCAUAGCCUUGAAGAAAAAACAAUGCAAAGACAGAACUCCGUUCUCAUUACUCAAUUAUUGAGGGGAAAAUAAAUCUGAAAGAUUGAUCACACUGAAGAGGACCUGACCGGAACAAUAAUAGGUGCUGAAAUGCAAUAGGUUACUGUUAAGGGGUCAUGUGCUUAAGCAGUUUGCUCUAUUUGGUUCAAAUGUAUUAAGUUACUUUGCCAGGGGUGAUACAUUUCUUACUCAGUCUAUCAAGUAACAGACACUGCAUCAGUUUACCUCCAGUGGAAGUAAACAUAGAGGUCUGCAAUGGUUGUUCAGCAGUUUCAGGUUUUUUAACAUGAAGACUAACUAACAGAUUAUUCUAUUUGAAGAUGUGAACCCUUUAUAACCAUUUUUGGAGCUAGUUGAUUCAUUCUGUCCCUGUCUACAGCCUAAUGUCUAAACAAAACAAAGGCAAACGUUGUCUAGCUAAGUAGCCCCAAAGAAAAGACUUUGUCAGGGAAAGACAAACAAUCAAUAAGGGUACAUAGCCUCAUAUUUUCAAACUUUUCAAAUAUUUUAUUUACAUUCUAUCCAAUGCUACAUAUCGGCAAUUUAAGCUCUAAAACUACCAUCAGUAGACUCUUCAGACAAAAAAGAACAACCCAGUAAAAGCACAAGGCUGAUCUAGAUUCAAGAAUUUUCUAAGCAUUUCUACUUGAAAAAUUCCACGUACUGAAGGGGAUUGCAAGAUUUACUUCUUAAAGAGAAAUCAGAUUAGCUGAAGCCAGAUAUAGUUUACAGAACUUUCUGCAAAAGUGACUUUGGUCUUGGUGUUUCUU